AUGGGUUUCAAGCUAGGGUUGAGACCUUUUAUUGGUCUAGAUGGAACUUUCUUAAAGGGGAAAGCUAAGGGCCAACUACUAGUGGCUGUUGGACAAGAUUCACAGAACCAUUUCUAUCCUUUGGCUUGGGCAGUUGUUGACAAAGAGACAAAGAAUACAUGGAAUUGGUUCUUGCAGUUGCUUCAACAUUCUCUAGACCUCAAGGAUGGGGAAGGAAUUACCUUCAUGUCAGACAUGCAAAAGGGAUUAAUUGAUGCUGUUAGAACUGUCCUUCCUCAAUCACACCAUAGAUAUUGUGUUAGACAUAUUGAGGCCAACUGGUGCAAGAUAUACAAUACCGGUGAAAGCAAAAAAUUACUUUGGUGGUGUGCAUGGUCUACUUAUGAGGAGGAAUUCAAGGAUCAUUUGAAGAAUUUAGGGGAGUUGAACAAGGAUGGAGCAGCUGGUUUGUUGAAGUACCCUCCUCAGACUUGGUGCAGAGCUUACCUGGACACAGUGUACAAGAAUCAGUCAGUUGAUAACAACUUGACUGAAUCCUUCAACAAGUGGAUUUUGGAAGCAAGGCAUAAGCCAAUAAUAAAGAUGUGGGAGGACAUUAGAAUCAAAGUGAUGAACAUGUUAAGAGAACAUGAAGAUGAAGUGAGGGGUUGGAGACAUGACUUUAGUCCAAAAAGCAUGGAGUUGUACAGUGAGUACAUGCAAAUUGCUCAAUCAGCUUGUAGAGUUAAUGCAAAUGGAGAAAAUGGCUAUGAAGUGUCAGAAGGUGGUGAUAAGCAUUGUGUGAAUAUGGCUGUGAAGAAGUGA